GCUGCACUUCAUAGAUCUUCUCAGACUAAAAAUACCAGAUCCAAUGAUAAUGAAAUUGAAAAAGAAGGUUUCAUGAAAUCUCCUGUCAAAAAACAACAAUAUAACAAAAAGAAAGAUAUAGCAGUUUAA